AGGUUUUCUUUUCUUCUUCCAACCCAAAAUUAUUCUUCUUAUUUUGGUAUGAUCUUUGUUGGUUGCGUUUCGCGGGAGUGAAACUCGGGAAUCGUUGUUCGGUGGCAAUCUUAGUCAUUAUUUACAUUUGAUUAUCGCUCAAUCCAGGUUUUCCUUGCUUGAUCUAUCUUUUCUUUCUAAUAUUUGUUUCUAUUUUUAUUCUUUUUCUUGAUUCGUUCGCGAACCUUAGUUUCUGCUAGAUUAGUUUUGAGCGAUUAAAAAAACUUGAAAAAAAGAAGAGAAGAUAUUGAGAUUUUAGGAAUUUUGAUAUUGAUUUUUUGGGGGCGUGUAGAGAGCUCAGUUACGCCACCGCUUUUGUUUUUCUCCAUUUUGGGCUUUUAACUGAUUUUAGGUAUUUUUUAAACAAGAAAAUCUCUGUGAAAUUUUGGUGCGUUGUUUUAGUUUGUCGUCAAAAAUCGAGGGUUUUUCUUGUUAGUUUAGAUCCUCCGCUAAUCUAUCCCAUUUUUAUUUUAAUAUUUUCAUUUUCAAAAGGAAAAAAAAGAAGAAAAAAAAAGCGAGAGCGAGAAAACUAGUGAGGAAAUAUUUUAGGGUUUGCAUUUAAAGAAAGGUCUUCAGGGUGUUUGGUUAAAAUUAGAAAGAAAGAUUAGGGAAUUGGCUGUUUGUGAACAAUGGCUUUGAAUUUUUCCCAUCGAUCUAUCUUUCCUGCUAAUAUGAAUGAAGAUAAUCUGGUUUCUCCUAUGAGAAUCGCAAAUGGAUACCUGGUUGAAGGUAUCCCCGAGUGGAAUGGAGAUGGGUGUUCAAAACCUUGGUUUUCGAAUCGUCAGUUGGAAGAUUGCUUUGAUUAUGGAAGAGAUAGGAGUGGUGAUCGAUGUGGUUCUCAGGAGUCUUCUUCUGAUGACAUUGUUAAUCUUUUGCCGUCUGAUCCUUUUGGAAUGCACAUCUCCACUACUUUCACUGCAAUUACUGGUUGGCUUGAGGAUUUGGAAACUGAUUAUGGCUGCUGUGUGAGAGAUGAUGUGGGGACUGGUGAUGGGAAUUAUCAAUUGUUUGCCGGAUUAAACUUUAUUUGGAACAAUGCCAUGUGGUUCCAAACCUUCCCAGGAAGCAUGGGAUUUGAAUGUAAAGGUGGUAUAUGUGGUGGAUUUGGUGGGUGUCCUCAUGCAAAGGAAGGAGGGGACGUGUCUGGUAGUGCUACUCUUGGACCAGCAUGUAAUGCAGCGGGCGUUCUGCCUUUUGGGAAUGGAGAUAUGGUUUUGCUUGAUCAGGAAAAUGAAGAAUUUCAGGACUGUGAGGAUUUUUCUGACGGACAUGAAGGAGCUCCUCAUGAAGCUCUUAUUUUGGCCCUUGGUUAUCUUGGUGUGCGGGAUCUUUUCGUCAUUGAAAAUGUUUGUACAUCUCUGAGAUCUAUAGUUCAGAAUGAUCCUCUCUUAUGGAGGAGCAUUAACAUUGAUCCGCCACUAAAUGAGAAAAUUACCGAUGAUGUUCUUUUACAAAUAACUAGUAGAUGUCAAGGUAGCUUGCAAUGCUUGAGCCUGGUUGAUUGCCAAAGGAUUACCAAUGAAGGCCUAAAGCACGUGGUCAAAAAUAAUCCAAAACUAAUCAAGUUGAGUGUACCUGGAUGUACAAAACUAAGUGUCGAUGGUAUUCUGAAUAGCCUAAAGGCUUUGAAGUCUAUGGGCUCACAAGGUGUGAAGCAGCUGAGGAUUGGCAGUCUUUAUGGUGUGACACAAAUGCACUUGGAAGAACUGAAAUUCUUGUUGGGUGUGGACAACCAAAUUCAGCAGGUUGAGCUCAAGCCACAUUUUUAUAGCAGAAGAAAUGUGUAUCUCCCUUGUGAAGAGGAUCGUGCCAUUGAUAUUGAAAUGUGCCCAAGAUGCAAAAACAUGAGGCUUGUUUAUGAUUGUCCAGCAGAGGGUUGCCAGCAGAAAGGGCGUGCUGCUCAGUCAUGCAGGGCAUGCAUUAUUUGUGUGGCAAGGUGUGUUCAAUGUGGCAGGUGCUUUAAUGACAGUGAGUACGAGGAGAACUUCUGUCUGGAGUUGCUUUGUUCGGAUUGUUCAAGGUCACAACUCACUCUUCGUCAAACUGUUCAAGUCAGCCAGAAAGCAAUAGAUAAUGAUCUGUCUCCAUUUUUAUUGUUGCUUGUUUUUCUGCUCAAAGUUUCAGCCUAUUACUGGACUUGGCUGAGCCUUAGAUUCUCUGAGCUAAUGGGUUAGUGAUAUUUGGAGAAAAGAGGGAAGUGCACUUCCAUGUAUUGUCCAAGGGAAGCAUAUUCUGGUUUUGGUGGAUUUUUCUGGUUCGCACAUUUGUGAUUGCUUGUGGAUGAUCAUUGAUGAUGUCAAGAAUAAAGGUGGAAAGUGAGUUUGCCAAGGAAGCAGUUCAAGCAUUAACUUAUGCUUUCGAAAGUGGAAUCUGUUUACGAACCUUUUGCUCAGAACUGGGAAAUCGCGGUGGCCGUCGAAUAUGACGUCAUGAUCACUGACUUAUUUACUUAAUAAUCGGAAUUUCUGUUUAUGUUCCGUUCCAUGUGAUGAACUAUCAAAUGAUACAAUGGUACAUGUUUAUAUACAAUUUGCUCUCAUUAAACUUGUCUGGUUGUAUUGAUUA